UUGUUAGUAAUGUAAAACUGUGUGCGGGUGUGUGCUUAGAAUUUAGAGCAGAUCUGUCUUGAAGGUUGAAGAGGAAAUUGAAUCAUCUGGGUUGUUCUAUAAAGCAGGGGUGGAUCUUUCUCUCUCUCACUCUCUCUUUCUCUCUCUCUCUCUCAUGUCUUUAUUUUUCCAUUUACUCUAAAACAAGGCUUUUUUGUCCAAAUCCUCAUCAGACUCACAUGGUUUGGAAGAGAGAGAGAGCGAGCAUGCUGAGGUGGGACAGAACGAGGCAAACAAGGUGAAGUGCGCAAAUGAGAGGUUUGGACACUCAGGAUGUCUUAGGUCAGCUUAUAAGGGGAGAGAAAAGGAACACACAGUCUUUCUGGAAACCAAUAACCUGGAAUAAUUUUGUAAAAGCGUGAAAAUCACCUAAACAGCUUGAUGCAGAAAGACAGUGGGACAAGAUUGUAUAAACUGAACAACAAGGACAAGUAUUUAGAACUGGAGAAAUGAUCGAGACAUGUUUUCUGAAAUUUGGAACUAUGAUCGAACAAGUUUCUUGUGGUGUAAAGAUGCUGGAACAAGAUUGUAGGAGAUGGAAAUCUUGAAUAAGUUGUGGAAAGAGAACGGAACAAGAUUGAAGAAGCUGUAAGACAGUGCAAGAAGAUUCUGGAAGCAGGGAAUUUUUUUUUUUUUUUUUUUUAAUGAAUUCUAUAAGCAGAAAGAUUAGACCAAAGUUUUAGAAACCUAAAAGACUGGAACAAGAUUGUAGAAGAAGGUGGACAAAAUUCUGAAGUCUAAACAGCAUUGGAGAAAAAAAGAACUGAAAUUUGAAUAAUAUUCAAGAAACUGAAAUGUUGGGACACGUUUUUUUCUCCUUUUAAAGGAAGAAAGACAGCAUAAUAAAGUUCUAGUAGUUGAGCUACAGUUCAAGUAAAUGUAGAUUUGCAAGAAUUUACCUUUCUGGACAUUAAAGCCUAAGUUGGAAGAUGGAGAAGGAAAAAACAGCAGAUGCAGAAACACACAUCGAUGAUCCAGAUCUGCACAUGGUUCAGUUGCAGGCUCUGUGGGCGGAGCUUAAGGCAGGACUCCGGGGUGUGGUCCAGGAAAUCUCCGCCUUACAGCAGAGCAACAGCCGCUUGGAGGAGAAAGUAUCCGAGUGCCAGAGAGACACGGCCGAGAAAAUCCUGUCUCUGAGAAAUACGCUGAACACAGUGCAGGUGCAACACACACAUUCAUCUCUAGACAGUGAGGAAGACACAGGCACUGCUCUGUCUCAGAUCUCUGAACUUAACAUGAGACAAAAAGAGCUACAGAUAGAUAUGGACUUACUGCAGAGGACACAACACAGUAGAAACUUCUCAAAUGCGGAGGAGCUCAUGGAUGGCCACACCUCUCCCUGCAGCCAAACGCAACUGAAGCUCAUUCAGCAUUACAUCAGCAGCCUGCCGACCAAUCAGAGGUCUGCAGAGGAUGCUGGUGAUUUCAGGACUCAACCUAAAGAUUCACUGUGGCAGGAAAGGAGAGUGAGCCGAGACCUGACAGAACAGAACAUCCACGACAUGAGUCAAAGGCAGGUAGCUGCUCUGGAGCUGUUGGAAUCAGAGAGAGUGUAUGUGUCAUAUCUGUCUCUGCUGCUGAAGGCCAACAUCACCUACAAUGGCUGUGAAAACUCUAAUCUCAAAGAAAAACGGCUGUUCCCAUCUUCUUUACGGUUUCUGAUCCAGCAGCACCUGGAGCUGUUGCACCUUCUGCAGGAACGUGUGCUCAAGAGUCACUGGCAAGGCAUCAUGGGAGAUGUAUUUCUGAGGCUUACCAGUAAAGAGAAUGAUUUUCUGGCCAACUAUGUGUCCUAUCUAAAAGAGCUGCCUGAGUGCCUUUCAGCUGCCAGUUUAUUCUCAAAGCCUGGUGGCCUUCUAGAGGGUGAUAUCACAGGAGAUGAGACACGUCCAUCCCUACACACUCUGCUCCUCCAGCCAGUCCGGCGCAUCCCAGAAUACCUCAGACUCUUACAGAGCCUGUUGGGUCAGACAGAGUCUGAGCAUCCCGAUUAUUAUCUGCUGCUUGUGUGUGUGCAGCAUCUACGGUCCUUCACCACCCAGUACAGUAACCUGCUCCAGCACAACCAAAAGCUCCUCACACACUCAAAAACACACAGUCCGGGAGAACAUACACGCAGCCUGUGCACACACCAGCCCGGUGUGUGCACACCAGACCGGGUGACACGCACACACAAGGAACUAAGCAGAUCUUCUGUAAGGCAGCUGCAUACAGUGGGUUAUGAGAGUUCCUCAAAUUACAGUAGCACAAGUGCACUGCCCGAUCCAGCCCACAAUCAGAGCCGAAAGAAAGCAACUGUCCGUCGAUACCCUAACUGGGAAACAGAGCCCAGUCGUAGUCACCCAGACAUUUCCUUCACAUCUGACUCAGAAUCUCGUCCCAAAGCCACACCCAGUCAACUCCACAGGAUUCCAGAGACAGAAGGGAUGGGGUCAGCUCUGGCCGACGCAAUGGGUGCGUUCCUUCCAGAUGGUGACGUAGACGUGUGCUGUUCAAGUCGUUCCCAUUCUACUGACUCAAGCAUUGACAUUGCCUUUGUGAGCUGUAGCCCUUCCCUCAGUCCAAACCAUCAAUCCCAUAGCAGAGGGCGGAGCAGUGGAGGUGGGGUUUACAGACCCAGCCAUGGUUGCGUGUCACCUGAUUCAGCCAGCGUGAUGAAGCCUUUGCAGCUGAGCCAACGGAAGAGCAAGUCGCUGAACGGAUUGCAGCUUGACAGCAUCGACAGCCGGCCCCACCUGGCCAGAAGUCCGGUUCACCCCAGACUGGUGCGCCAGUCAAGCGCCAAAUCAAGGCUGAAAAAUAGCAGCCCAGAGAGGCAUCAAGAAACAAACACACACACUAGUGCUGCUGAGCUCACACAACAACUAAUCAAGGAUCCUGGACCUCCAAUAUGGGAGGAGUUUAAAUGGAAGGAUGUGCCUGAUGACUGUGACCACACCCCACUGAGCGAGCGGAGCAGGAAGGAGGCCAAAGGAUUCCGGAGCUCCUUCAAAAAACUCUUUAAAAAGAGGUCUGGUGGAGAGAGCAAGGUGGAGAAAGCUGUGGAGAAACCCGAAGGACAGAAGAGCAACGAGCUGGAAUCUGGGAGGUUAAACAACAGACAACAUCGAUCUGGAGAUAUCGACAGAGGAACUGCGGUCUAAACACAUACAGACACGCAAUUUGUGUUGCUUAAUGAUAAUAUGCUUCACUGUGCUCUGUCAGAAUGCUAUUAGUCACCAUUCAGUACGAUUUUAUAGAAAUGACAUCACUGCUGAUGUUGCUUACAUUUAUCAUAAUAAUUACACACAUUCCAUCAUGAGGUCAUGUAAAAAAUAUGACAUUUAAUAAACAUAGUCCAUCUGCCCAGCCAA